UAUUGUCAGUGGUAAAGUUGUUUUUGAUUUUUUAAAAAAUUUAUUACUGUAUCUGAUCUGUUUUUACUGUUUUUGUUAACACCGCUUUCUCUUUGGACAGUACUGGGGAUGGAGUUCUCCAGAGAAGUUAGUCACUGAGACCCCCACAAAAAAAUAGACAUUAUUCACCCCAACAUGUGCACAAAUCUCAACCCAGAAACACAAGAAACAUGGUGCUAAUGUGACUCCUCCAACAAGUCAGAGCUUUUCAGUAACUGAGAAUCCAAAGAUACCAAAGGGGAUGAAAUGCUGGACAAAAAAAAAAAAAAAAAGAAUUCAGAAGGUUAUUCAUUCAUAUUUGGCUUUUUUGAGACAGUUUCUCUGUGCAGCCUUUGCUCUCCCAGAACUCACUCUGUAGACCAGGCUGGCGUCAAACUCACAGAAAUCGACCUGCCUCUGCCUUCUGAGUGCUAGGACCAAAGGUGUGCACCGCCAUGCCAGCCCAUUCGAACAAACAGCCCCCAGGGCCAGGCUCCAGGAAGUGUCUUAUGUCCCGGGAGCAUCUUCCGAGUCUCCUUCCACCAUGAAGCUUUCCACCGCCUUCCUAGUGUUCUGUGUGGCUCUGCUCAGUGACUCCGGUAUUGCCUUCUUUGUGAACUCGGUGGUCAAACCGGCAGUAGAACCUGUGGCUGCCCUUGCCCCAGGUGUAGACGCUGUGGCCGGGGCUGUGCCUAGCUUACCAUCAAGCCACUUGAGCAUCCUGAGGUUCAUCCUGGCCAGCCUGGGCAUCCCAGUGGGUCCUCUCAUAGAGGGUUCCAGGAAGUGUAUCACCGAGCUGGGCCCUGACACUGUGGGGGCUGUGAAGUCAUUGCUGGGGGCCCUGACAGUAUUCGGUUGAGGUGAACCUGGAAUAAUUCUGCCCGACAAGAUGUUAUUCUUCAAGGAGAACUGGAACCCCUGAUGCUCACGCCCUUUUCCUCUACCCUAAUAAAUACGGCUG